AUGGCUCAUUAUAGAAUGACCAAAGGUCCCGAAGUUAUUUUGACACCCGAAGAAAAGCUUGUUUAUGGAAAAUUAUUUAAUAUUGCUGACGUUGAAAAGAAAGGUGUGAUUGGAGGUGAACAUGCUGUCAAAUUUUUCGCAAAAUCCGGGUUGCACUCAACAAUCUUAAGCGAAAUUUGGCAAAUGGCUGAUUAUGAAAAUCAGGGAAUUUUAACGCAACAAAGCUUUAUAUAUGUUGAAGGUUUAGAAAAUUCAGAAUCAUCAAAAAUUAUAAUUACCCAGGAAGAAAGAGAAAAAUACAAAAGAAUGUUUAAUAGUCUUAAUCCGACCAAUGGAUUAUUAGAAGGUGAAACAGCUAGAGGAAUUCUUCAAAGAUCAAAACUUCCUUUUGAAACACUUGGAAAAAUUUGGAGUCUUGCUGAUUCAAAACAACGAGGAAAAUUAGAUGUUACCGAAUUCACUAUUGCAAUGUUUUUUGUCCAAAAAUCAAUGAAUGGUACAAUCAAAACAAUUCCAACUAAUCUUCCACCAGGAUUUUAUGAAAUGGCUGCUGGUACUACUGUUACCACUGGAGCAACUGAAGAGUUCGUGUCACCAGCAUCACCACCAUUUCCACCAUUUACUCCUAGAAAUAUUGCUAAUGUGACAGACUCACGAAUGUCACCGAUAGUGAGACAAGCUUCGUUGUCAGUCAGUGGAUCAGUUAGUCCCAAUUUUUCGGAUGAUUCAUGGGAUGUUACUCCUGAAGAUAAAGUACCUUAUGAUAGAUUCUUUGAUACUUUAGAUAAAAGCAAAAAAGGAUUUUUAACAGGUGAUGAAGCUGCCAGUUUCUUCAUGAAAUCAAAUUUAGUACCGACAGCAUUAGCACAAAUAUGGGAUCUCUCAGAUGUUAAUAAAUCAGGUACCCUUAGUAGAGAUGAAUUUGCAGUUGCAAUGUAUCUAAUAACAAAAAAAUUGACUGGAGCAAAAUUACCCAGUGUUUUACCACCGAAAGUAGAUAGUCCGUUUACAGAACUUUUGAAGAGGUCAGCGACCACUAUCAGCAAAAAUAAUUUUGGCUCAAAUAGAUCACGAAGUUCAUCUAAUCAAUUGAGUGAUCCUGGUUUCGAUUCUUACUUUUCAUCAGUUCAAAAUAGUGAUACUGACAUUAAUGUUAAAUUUGCAAUUGAAAGUGGUGAAAUCAAAAAUCUUAAACAUCAAGCAGAUUCUUUAGAAAAUACCACAAUCGGAAUUAAAAAUGAUCAUUCAACCAUUGACGCCAAUUUUGCUUCAUUAGCUGCACAAAAAAGUGAAUUAUCAGUACGUAUUUCACAAUUACGUACAUUACAUGAUACAGAAUUAAAAUCAUUACAAGAAGUUCAAGCAAAAUAUCGACUUGAACAUGAAAGUGUUGAAAGAGUUAGGGAAGAAUUGGCUCAAAUUGAAAGAUCUUUAAUCAUGUUACAACAAGAAAAAGAACAAAUUAAAUUAAAUAUUCAAAAAGAUCGUGAAGAAACUUUAGAUAUUAAAAAGAAAAUGCGAAUUGCUGAAGAAGAAAAUUUAGCCAUAAAAGCGGAAAUAGAGAAAAUCAAAAAAGAAAGUAAACAACAAAAAGGGAUGUUGGUAAUUAAUAAAAAACAAUUAGCGGCAGUAGAGGGACAACGUUCAUCAAUGUCAUCUAUUGGAGGUGCAGGAGUUAAAAGAACCAUGUCAAAUGCUUCUACCGCUUCUAAUUCAACACAAGGUACAUCAAGUAUUAAAUCCGCACCUAUAAAUUCUUCGAAAAUAGAAGAAAUUGGAAUUGAUAAACCUAAUUCUAUGCCUUUAGAAUUUGAUAGUGUAUUCAUUAGUGAUAUUAAAAAAGAGACUAAUAAUAACAAAACGUCUCGAGGUAUCAAUCCUUUUGAAAAUUCAUUUACUUCUACAAAUAAUAAAGAAACAUCAAAUAUUUCCCAAAACGAGAUCGUUACCCAACAACAACAGCAAAGUACAGAAAAAGCGAUUGAUCCUUUUGCAUCUUUUGGUAAUUCUACGAAGCAAACUUCCGGAAAAGCCGAAUUUGAUUCAGCAUUUUCUUUAGAAGAAAUUGAAGCUUCCGUACAAGGAGGAAUAAAAUUAGGAUUUGAAAGUGAUUUUAAUACUAGUUUUUCCAAUAAUAACGAAAAAAAAAGUGAAAAUAUUACAAAUAUUAAAGAUAUUACAAAAACAACGGAGGAGGAAGUUAUGAAUACAAAUUCUGUUAUAAUUGAAUCUAAUGAUAAAAUACCUGACUUGGUAUCAACCGUUAAAGAGUUAUCUCUGGAAGAUAUGAAUAUUGAAAAUAUGAAGGAUAAUAUUGAGACAGAAAACGUUUUCUCGGAAUUAACCCAAAAAUCAGAACAAGAAAAAAUAGAACAAGAUGAUGAAUUCGAAGCAGCAUUUGGAGAUUUAUCUGAAGCUAAAGUUAUUAAGACAACACCUAUUGAUUUUGAUGCAGAUUUUGAUAAAUUUAAAGCAUUUGACGAUUUUGAUCCAUUCCCAACAUCAAACAUUUCAACCACAAGUACUAUAAAAUCAAAUCUUGAUGAAGCUUUUGGAGGAAUAUCGUCUAAUGAAUUAACGAAAUCCACCAAUAAUUCCGGAUUUGAGGAUGCUUUUUCUGAAUUUUUUACUCCACCUCAACUACCUAAACGAACACGAACUCCCCAACCUUCAUCAGAUAAUACCGAUCUUCAUCCAAUUCAAUAUUUACAAUCAAUGGGAUUUUCUAAAGAACAAUCAGCUGAUGCUUUGGAAAGAUAUGAUUAUAAUUUAGAAAAAGCAACUAAUUUUUUAGUAGAGAAUGCUUAA